UGUUGUUUAACUGGUAUGGAGUUCAUGAGUGGGGACUUUUAAGGUUUAUUAUUUGUGUCUUGUAGUGCAAAGUAAUUUUGCUGGUCCGUAACCUACAUUAUGAGGGGUGUUUGUCAGUUGCUGAUCUAGCAAUUGAAAUAAUAAAAAAAACACCAAGAGAUCUGGAGGCAUUUAAUUAGCCAUGCUUGAAGAUAAAAUAAUAUUUACUGAUUAGAGAUGUGGGUCUAGAUGCAAAGCUAAUUGACACCUUUUAAGGUGUGUAUGUGUGUAAAUAUAUAAUCAAUAGUUAGCAUGGACACAGAUUGCUAUAAUACAAAGCAUGUGAUCGUUACCCAAGUGGUUUAGUGACUGAUUCAUAUAAUCAUUGUCUCAAUGAAAGUUCAGUUCAUUUGUACACAUGGGGAGGAACUCUUAUAUUGUCCAAACCACUGGAAGAUUUAGUGUACAUUUUUAUAUACACAGAUUUAGGUGACAAGCGUGAUGGAUGGGUCGCCCCUGUAGAGCACGGAGUGAACUUCGUCAAUGAAUAUUACUUAUAGCUGAAACGGAGCGACAGAACGCUUCAAUGCACAAUUGCUUGGCAAAGUACACCAUGGAAUUUCAUAGUUUGCCCAAAUACUAUCAGCAGAUAAAAAGGUUAAAUCUCCUGCUACCAGAAGAAUUCUAGUCGUUCGUAGGGCUUUUUUUUUCUUGCAUUCACAAAGGAUUAGAAGGACAAAUAUAGCACACACAGGGUUUUUUUUCUCUCUCCUAACGUGCAUGUCAUAUACAAUGGAUAAGACAGUUUGUGUUGUGCUACAGUAGAUUUAUGAAUAGCCCACAUGUGAACCAUGAAAGCAAGAUAGUAAAGAGAAUCAGAAGAUGUGAAUUCAGGAUCCAUUAAUUCGAUUUGUGUUGUACAACAUGGUUUCCCUUCAACCACAAAACCUGUGCAUCACAAGACACUUUGUCAGCUGCUGACACAAAGGAUUGACACCGACAUUGGCAAUGAGCAGCAAGUAAAGAAAGGGGAGAUAAUCAAAGCUAGUAUAGAGGAAAACAAUAAUGUGGCACUGGACCUGAAAAAUGACAGUAGAGAACGGAUGAAUAAAAACAACAAUGGCUUCAGUAGAAUGACUGGAAGUGCUCCUCAUAAUAGCAGUGAAAAUAUCAAUUGGCUAAACGAUGGCUCUAGCAAUCAGUCUUCACCACCGAGGCCUUCCGAAGGUAUGAUAAGUAAUGUCAGCAGCAUAGGAAGUGAAUCCCUUUCUACCACCAUGUUAGCUUCUGCAGCCUCUCCAGGUAAUAUGUCAGGGGUUUUCCGACCGCCAUUGAAUGAAACUACUUCUAGACUUCUAACCCAUGGAAAUAGUCAAUAUCCGAGUCUAUAUUCAACUGGAGGUAGUGCGAGCAGUUCCAUUUCUCCUUACUCACUGCAGGGACACAGUCCCUCUACAGUACAAGGACCACACUUACAAUCUCUGGCACAUUAUAAUACAUAUUAUCAGCAUCCAUAUAAUUUGCAAAGAUCAGGUAUCCUGACAGGACCUUAUCCUCAAAUUGAGUCGUACUCGGCUGUGUUACAAAGCAUGGGCACUGUUGUGCAACAGACUUCACACACUCAAAUUCCACGCAAUACAUAUGGUCCGGUGACACAGUAUUCAGGGCUCAGUAGCUCUCACCCACGCUCGAUGUCUGCAUCAGUGUCUCCGAGCCCUGAUGCUCACCAUGGAGCCAGCCAACCGGAGAUGAGUCUCACAGAAAUGAAAAGAGAAAAAUUACAAGAGGAACACGAUAUGUUGUCUCGUCUGAAAGAUGAGCGUGCUCAAAGUCUUUCAUCUAUUGAAUUUUCUGGAGGAAAAUCUGUAUCAUUUAAGGACCCACCUCGUCGGGAAUCUCACCGCGAGGCCAGCUACAAAGUGCCUAGUGGAAAGGAGGGGAGUUUAAAACACCGUAUUCUUACUCGCCCUUCAGACAGUGCAAUACAGAGUUCUCAUUUAGACUCGAGGUUCUCUACCUACACGGGUGAUGAACCAGCCCUUAAACGAUCAAAAAAUAAUCAUGGUGGGGUGUCAACCAAACAUUCCAUGGACGAGGGUCCCAAUGUGCACUCCAUGAUGCCUCAGUCCUCCAUGCGACAGAGCCCAGCCAUGACCCAGGGCUCGGGUCCACAGUUACAUUACCCUCCCCAUUUCAUGAAAGGAUCAAUUAUACAGCUUAGUAAUGGUGAAUUAAAACGAGUGGAGGACUUGCAAACAGAUGAUUUUGUACAGAGUGCAGAAAUCAGCAGUGAUCUCAAAAUAGAUUCCAGUACUGUGGUGAAAAUUGAAUUUAAUCCCGACCACAGUACAGCCAUUCUUGGCUUUGUGGUUGGGGAACACAAAGUGCAGGUGACUGUGGAAGCUACGCUGGAGCACCCCUUCUUUGUCUUUGGACAAGGCUGGUCCUCGUGUGAGCCAGACAGAAGUCUUCACCGCUAUGGUUUGGAUUGCCAGAAGCUCUCCGUCGGGGAUGUCUGCAUCUCCUUAACACAUAAAGAUGUACAGGAGCGGGCAGCAGAAAUCUCCCAGCAACAACAGCAGGAGCUGAAAGAUUCACCUCACAGGUCAUCCCUCAGAAAUUCCACCUCCAUGCUAAGCCCUGCCCACAAGAGAAGCUCCCCCAAUGAUCCCGAGGGUCGCCCUAGGAAGCACCAUCUUUCCUCCAUGUCCAGUCCAAAAGACAAUGUAGAAAUUAAACAAGAGAACCCCCAUUAUAGUGUUACCUGAUAUUCCACCCUCUACUCAAACAAAUUAUAUCUUUGUUACUACUUCUUUGUUUUGUUGUUACAAAGCAAAAUUAUUAUAUGCUAUACCCUUCAUUGUUUUUGUAUGUAUAACAGCAAUCUGAUGAGACUUUUGAUAUUGUCAUACAUAUUUCAAUUUAAAACUCCAAGACAAAGGUAUAUUGUAUGAUAUGCCAUCUUUUGAUUUACAUUAGUUUACAUGUAAUGACACUGUGUUGCUGCUUAUAUUUUCAAUAGGUUAGAUGUGUUCUGCCUUCUGAUUGGUUAAAAGGUUGCACCAUCUGGAGACAUGGACUCAAUCAGGUUGCUGUUUUAGUGCAAUUGUUUAAAGUCCCAGCACUAUAAUAUGAUUGUUUCAAAAGUGCUAUUAGAAGUUUUCAAUGCUUGUUAGUCUAGAUAGAUUUCCAGAUUGUUUCCCCAUGUUUCUAGUUAUGCUGCUCAUGAAUGGUGUAUAUUAUUGAAGGCAUAUAACCAACUCACUUGAAUUAUGCCACAGAUAUUGAUAAGAACAUGUGAUUCAUAGUAUUUUUCUCAUCUAUUUUUAGAGAAGGAGAUCUGCUGGAAGCUAGUUGUCUUUUUUCUGAAAAGAUUGAGCCUUUUGAACAUAAAACUUUUGUUUAAUGAACAAAUAAUCCACUUAGUAAUCCUUCGAAUCAAAUUUUUAAAAGUACUAUAUUUUUGCCCCUCGGCAGUUGACAAAUUUUUAUGAUGUCAUCAGUAUUUUUAGAGUGCUUUGUUAUAUAGUAUAUGAUUCAUCGGAUUUUUAUUUUGAAUUGAUGUAUACUGUACAUUUAUUGUGAAAAAAAGCCAAUAUGGUUUUGUUAUCGACUGUCUAUUCUUGUUAUUACAUGUUGUUUCAUGAAAAAUUGUGAUAAUUUUAGAUUAUUUUUUAUUAUAGAAAACGCACAAUGUAUGUGUAUCUCAAAUUUUUACGGAAAGCAAUUAAUGUUGUAACAUUAUAUUGGACAUAAUUUAAUUCAAAUAAAUUUUUAUUUUUUUUCAAUGAAUUUGAAGUAAAUAGAUGUUAUAGAAAUUAUUGUUCCAUCAAAUGAUGACUUUCUUUAUAAAAUGUCAAUAUACUGAUAACAUAUCUGUCUUUUAUAACAUUUAUCUUUAAUGCACUUUAUGUCAAAAAUCCAUGUAUUAGAAAUGCACAGCACAAAACCAGUGUUAAAAAUAUUUAUGGCAAACUUUUUUUAUCUAAAAGGUGAUAUCAUAAACUAUAAAAUGUCAGAGAGAAUGAUAUAUAUCUUGCUGAACGACAACUAUUUUUUUUAAGACGAUAGAUGGGAUGUUUUGUAAUGCCCUUCCAUGAUUUAGGAAUUAUGCAUCAUAGUCAUGCAAUGUUAAAGGAAUUGUGGUCUGUAAAGUAUACCAUCAAUCUCUUCUUGUUCAUAACAAUCCAGUCAUAGUGAUAUCUAAUCUGGUUAUUGUGUAGCAGCCACCACAUUUGAUGAGCAAUUAUCAAACCAUUUUAUGAUACAGGAAUUGUCAGAAUCUGGGCUAUAGGAUAGCAGUUGCACUUAUUAUGCAAUGUCUUUGUUAGCUUACCUAAGUUAAAGCCUCACGUGAGCUUUUCUGAUCAAAAUUUGUCCGGCAUUUUUUGUCGUUAUCUUUUCACAUCUUUUUCUCCAGAACCGCUCGGCCAAUUUCAAUCAAACUUGGUACAAAUUAUCCUUAGGUGAAAGGGAUUCAAGUUUGUUCAAAUGAAGGGUCGUGUCCCUUUCAAAAGAGGGAGAUAAUCAAGAAAAUCCAGAAGAAGAAAAAAAGAUGGAGUCAUUUAAAAAUCUUAACAAGAACCACUAAGCCAAAAAAGUUGAAUUUUACCAGAAAGCUUUAUAAUGCAGAUUUAAGUUUGUUCAAAUUAUUGCCCCCAGGGGUAGGGUGGGGCCAAAAUAGGGGAUCAAAGUUUUACAUGGAGAUGUAUAGGAAAAAUCUUCCCCAGAUCAACAGGGCCAUAUUAGUCAUAUCAAUAUGCAAACAUCUGAAAUUAGUGCAAAAAUAAAAUUUGUUCAUUUCAAGAAAGCUGGGGGUAAAAUGAGCCACAUAUUCAUAUCGGAAUAUACAGAAGAAAAGUUAUGCUAAGCAAAAUCUACUGAAUUGUUUUUGGUAGGGAUUUCAUAUUUAUAUAUAGAGAGAGAUUCAUUAUGGCAAGACCUUGUAUUUUAUUAUGACAUCUUUACCUUGUGACUCUGUAUCACGGUUAUGUCGUGACCCUGGGGCUAAGUUCAGGCCACAAUAUGGGGUCAAAAUUUUUCAUAAAAAUAAAGAUUGAAAAACUUUUAGAAAUCACAACAGCAGGGCCAAGGUGACUCGGGUGAGUGAUGUGGUCCAUGGGCCUCUUGACCCACCUCUCAAUACUAAAGGAGACAUGAUAACAAUUUGCUUUGAUUACAAAUGCAAAGGGCAGUAACUCCUACUAAUUGAAAAGUAUUUCCUAUUUUUGUAGAAAAAAUGUCAGCUAAAAUAAACCUACAAUAAUAUACCCUCAUCAUAGCCUUGUUGAUGAUUGAUCAGAUAUUGAUUUUUCUCAUGUAAAUCCCUUUACAAUAGGGGGGGGGGGGGGGGGUAGGUAAGAACUGCAACUUCUUGAUUUUCUGCAUACAUGUAUUACCCCAUACAAUGACUAGAUCUCUUUUCAUAGAUUACAUAGUAAAGAAAGGAUUGUUUUCACAAGUGCAUAUAUCUACUCAACUAAUUUUAGAUCUCUUAUUACUGGCAAUAUCUUCAGAUGCAAUUUCUGAGCAAUUGAUUAAAUUUCUUGUUGCAAGAAUGUUCAACUCUUUGCACACAGUACGCAGUCAGUGCCUUGCUCUUACUGAGGAACAGGAGAGUAAAUAUUCCAAUGAUAUCAGAAGCAGUAGUACACCAAUUGAAAAUGAUAUACAAGUAGAAGGGAAAACACGAAAAUUUGAAGAAGAAAAAAUUAUAUGAGCAAUUUUAUAAAUUGCAUCACAAUUUGUUUUAAAGUGAAGAAUGAAAUGUAUUAAAGUGUGGAGUACGAUAUGAUUAACAUAAAAUCUCAAAUCACCAAAAUCUUCAUUGCAGUUUACCAUCUUUGUUAAAUCAACAGUUGUAUUUUUGGUCGAAUAUUCGACUCAAUUUCACAGUCACAAAUGGAAGGAGGUUGAACUUGUACAAUGUGAGCUACAUUUCACUUUUCAUUUCAGCCAGUAAACAUACACCCACUUUAUCCCAGAGAAUUCAUUGAAACAAUUCAUGUCAUUUGAUGACCUCACUCUCAUUGUUUGUGCGACGGGGAAUUUUGAUAUAGCUCAGGGAUUCAGAGGAAUGAAGGUUCACACUUCGUGGCCCGAUUUGUGAUAGAGAAUGGUCGGGGGCCGGCAGCUAAAAAGAUCUGGAGGAAUAAAUACAUCACAACAUCGCACUAUCUGCAUAUACCCAGUGCCUUUCAUAUUGUCCAAGGAACGCAUUUUGUUGCUCAUUUUUAAGGCAUCCUUGCAUAUGACAGAACAAAAAGUUAGAAAAGUUGGUAUUUUAAAAAUUAUGAUCUGUUCAGGAUCUGGAGGAAUUAUCAGAUAGGGAGGGAGGUGUUUAUUUGUUUUUCUUUUGAUUGUGUUGUCCAUACAUGCAGUUUUGACAACAGUCAUAUAAUCAAACCCAGUGAACUGAUCAUGUGAAAACUUACACAGAGAGGUGUACAGACAAUUUUUCGCCAUACUUCAUUUUCAUCCAGUCAUCUUUAGGAAAAUUUUCAAGUCAUUUAUAGAAAAAUGCAAUGUCCCAGGGUUGAAUUGAUUGCAUGUAUAUUUUAUAGUCUCCUGUGAACAGGAAUAAAAUGGUUAUAAAGUUUAGUACACUAGAAAUUUUGUCAUAGAAAGUUUAAAGCGUGCUAAAAUAAGAAAUUGUUGUAGAAAUGUUCUGCAUCUAUUGUUUGCAUAUAAGUGAAAAUGUUUUCAUGGAGUUUGGUUUUUGUACAGUCUCUCCAUUAAGACCAAUCUUUCAUAGGUAAUAUUCGACUCUGUUGACAGAUUUCUUUCGAGUCUCAAAUUUACAGGAAGAUGUCAAUCCACAGAGAUAUAAUGAUUUUGCAACAUGUCAUAUCGUGUAUCUCGAUCUUGACAGACACCCAUUACCAGUUGUUUGCACUCUGCAUAUUGUGUCAUUGACAUUACUAGCAGUAUUUGUAUAUUACAUUGUAAGUGCUUGUAAAACCUUCCUCACUUAAACUUUCACAUAUCCCUUAUCUGCAAGAUGUACAUGUUCAUAUAAUGAUCAUAUAUUGUAAGGUUGGUAAUGUGCUGUAUUUCACAGCAACACGCAUUUGAAUGACUUACGUGUGGUCAAAUCUUGCUUGUUAAUUUUUGUUUGAAUUUUCUCUGCAUUUUACUUUUAUCCUGUGCUGAGAAAAUCCUACCCUAAGUUGAGUCUGUUAUACUGAUGUUAUCCACAAUGUUAUUUUGUUAGUUGUGCUUAACUUGGAUGUGAACUAGUUUUGUACAAAUUGACACAAAAUGUUAAAAAAUCAUUGAAUAUACAGUUUAAAGUGCUCCUGUUUUAAUAAGUCUGUUAAAACAAGUAAAAGCCAUUCUAAAAAUAAAGUAUUUAUCAAAUUGCCAA